AUGAUCCAAUCGGCCGCAAUCCUUCGCUCGGAGUGCUUGUUUUUGAAGAAAAAGAAAAAGUGGAUUGCCGGUCAGGUGACAAUGGAACGAGUGAAUGGCGGGGAAAUGGUUAGAAUGAAAGUCGAGAAAAAGUUGGAGAAGAAAAGCGAGCGCCGUUGGAAAUCCUUCGAUCCUCCGCAAACAACGACACUCGUCGAUCACAACAUUUUGCAUUACAUUGGCCAUAUUGCAGGCGAAUCGAAAAAAGCCAUGCGUCCCACAUUGACCGUGGCUUUCAGCACUGGGACAAUCACUGUCGCUUUUGGGAGCCUCAAAAUUCUGGAUGCCUGGGUGAAAGUGUUGACGAGAACCUAUGGAAAUGGCGCCGGUUUUCUCGUCGAUUACGAGAAGAGUUUGAAGAAAUUAGAGAAACGAAGUGGAAAACAAUUGAAUCAUGUUUUAUUUGUGAAAAGCCUCUCAUUUGGGAUUAUUUCGUGGGAAAUGCGGGAUCUGGUGGUGACUGGGAGUUUGUACGAUGUACAACGUAUCACGUGCUCAAGCGGAUUGGUGUCAAUGGUGACGCAAAAUGGCUCGUCUCUUUAUUUCGGGUGUCCGGAUGAGAGCCGAUUGUGCGCCGUGUUUCGCGCAAUUCAGAAAGAGCAUAAUUUACCGUUGAGUCUGAAUCGAUCCUUAAACGCCUCUGCAUCAAUUCAAAUCCCCUACACUCCGCUAUCAAAAGAUGUGGCGAAAAGAAGAGAGGAUCGAGCAAGGAAAGGAGACGGCUACGAGAUGACUCCACAUCGUGUCGACUGUGUCGCUCAAUCCUCAGCAAGACGGCGUCUCCCCUCAACUCCUUUACUAUCACCGGUUCCCAAUCUGCAGCCAUCAAUGCCCACGUAUAUCUCGUUGUUGAGUCCAACUCGCCACGUCACUCAAAACGAUCAUGAGGCGGACGUGACCGUGUUCCACUCGCUUCCCUCGUCACCGAUCGAUCCACCUGCACCAAAGACUCCAAUCGACUCAAAUCCGGAAGCAAUUCCCCGAUUUGCUCUCCAAUUCGCAGCAUUUACCAUU